AUGAGGUGUCUGGUAGAUUUGUUGACGACCCUGAUAGAUUUGAACCCGUCGUCAUGCCAAACAGAUCAUGUCGGUGUUCUACUAGGGGCUUACGGGGCUUCGCUGUCAUUGACAGACCAGAAUAUCUUGAAGCUGAUGCAGUUUUACGAGAAGAAUGAAAUUCCUUUCUCAAAUUUUAAGCCGUUUAUAUGGGGUGAAAAGGGUAUUGAAUUGUACAGUUUGAGACGCUCCCUUGGACCAUCCCUGAAACAGCCGGGGUUGGCAGAAGUUCUUUCCCUUGUAGACAAAAAUAAACUUCACUCAUCCACGCUUUGUUUCCCUCUGAGGAGAAAACUCCAGGGAAGCCUUGUAUGUGAUGCUGCAGACUUGAAGUCACGUGAGGACUGUUACGACCCAGGUUUCCUGCUUCCACUGUUCAGUCAUCUUCUAGAACCAGCCAAUAUAAUAGACUGCCGAAAGUUUGUAGAAAGUGAAUGCCUUGGUUACGUAAUAGCUGCAUUAUCCAGUCAUGACACAGACAUGCGCAGUGCUGCGCUACAUGUGCUAGACAAAUUCCAGGGGCAUCUUACGGUUGCUAAGACACCUGAAAAAGAGCAAUUGAUGUACGUUAUAGAAAUCGUCCAAAACAGUCUUCCCGCAGGAAAUACAAAACUGGCCUCCAUCAUUACACAGUUUUUGGCAAGAGCUGUGACACUUAUGCUUAAACCAGACGAGCACAUGUACAUGAUAAUGAACUCUUUCCUGCUCUUGAAACCAAGAUUGGACACGCAGAAUAUUCCUGAGUUUUUCAAACUAUUUAAUAGCUCAGCUCUGCAGCAUCGUGAGGAGAGGCAAUGGAUUUUAUCCCUUAUGGUUGACGGUCUUCGGGAGACGGCAGAUUAUCGCAUCUUCGAGAAGCGCUUUGCCUUCAAGAUGCUCCUUGGUGUGUUUGAUUCCUGUCUGUCAGACUACAGUAUGCAGCUGCAAAUUGUGAAUCUUCUAACCCGAGCCUGCGCGGAACGUUCUGUUGCAAAGGAUUUGUGUAACAACCACGGAUUCCUGGUUUGGCUGGCAAACACAGCAAACAAUCUGAUCACUGAGAAAGUACAACUAGUAAGUGCAGUGACAGGACUAGUACAUAGUCUUUGGGAUUCCCUUGAGCGCCCAUCAGAAAAGUCGGAGAAUCCUGUGUCAUUGGCGGUUUGUUCACAGAUGGCUGCUAUCCUACACACAUUGCUGCAGUCUCUCACGAAUGUUUCCAGAAACAUCCACCAACAGUACUUGGAAACACUAUUAUGUGUUUGUAUGCAGUUGGCAAAACUAUCACACGAUGCCAGAGGUCACGUGACCCAGUUAGCUAGCCAUGGGGAUAUUUUGAUGAUCUUGUUCCAAUGUCAACAAAAAUGGAUCAAAUCAAAUCUAUCAGGGAGCCUUGCACGUAGAGCUUUGGAAAUAGUCGGCAAUAGUACGAAGAAAAAGCAAACUGGCAAACAUGUUUCGUGGAAAGGGAAGGGAAAAGUUCACUUAAAUCCAGAUGUGGUUUUGAUAUCUUCUCAGAAGAAAUCUGAAAUGAAAGACACUGUAGAUGUUGAUGAAAAGAAUGAUAGAACCUAUAUGGAAGUGGAUGGUGAUGUCGAUGAUACUGCUAGCGGCUCAGACUCCACUCUAAAUGAUGAAGAAAAGAUAGUAGUUGAGACAUUGAUGAAAAUAGUUCUGUUGUGGAAGAAAACGUCGGAUAUUGCAACCGGUAAAGCUAGUCUGUUGGUUGAUGUCAUUGUUUUAAGAUGGAUGCUCAAUGUUGCUAACAGUGUGAAGGAGUUAGAUGGUGGCAUAAUUGAUGAAGUUGUGAGUGUCAUUGAUGAGAAAAUGCUAUCAGACACUGGUAAGGGUCUGCUUGCUAAGUUUGUGGGUACCUAUAGCCUAGAAUCGAAAGAAGUCAUUGAAGCUCUUAUAUGCUUGCAUGAUGCUGUAGCAAAGUCAACGGAAAGAACGGCGUCUGGAAAGAAGGAAGACGGAAACGCUGAUCACAGCAGUAAAUUGACCAGUGCAUUGAACCGAGUUCUUGCUUUUGUCGUUGAAAUGAGAUAUGGGAGUAAAAUACCCGUCAACUUCAACGCUGAAAUUAGAAGUGUUGCAAUCAGAAAAGCAUUCUUGUGUUCUAACUGAGACCUUUGAAAUUAACUAAAUGUAAUUUUCAAAUAUGUUAUGGGAGACACAAUUACAUGUACAUCAUUAUGCAUAUAUUUGAUCAAUUAAAACACCACUCUUAUCACAUUAUGUUGUUCAUUUAAAUAGAUUAAAACGUGUAUAUAUUUUGUAAGUACAUGUUAAUGGCUAUAAAAAAAAUGUCCACCCACCCGCCUGUGAGAUUGUCGGCCGUUCAUUUGAACGACGAGGUCUUGAAUGGACAAAAACAUGCAACAAGUUUGAUCUAGGAUUUUGAAUCUUCAUAUAUGCCCUAACCAUAAGAUAACCCUUAUUGAUUUGAGGGUGAAUACCUCAAAGAUAAUUUUAUGGCGAAGAAGAUGUGAUAAUAUAUAAUUUUACUAUUACACAUGUACUUGUACAUUUUUGCUUCUUAAUUACAAAAUAAAAGUACUAAAAGGUCA